UCCUCCCCCAAGCUCCAUCUACUUUGUGGCCUCCUCCCUCUCUUUCUCUCUCUCUCUAUCCCCCGCUUGAAGCUCAAUUAGCCCGUAGAUAUGAGACCUCCGAGAGGUGGUGGUCGCGGUGGUGGAUUCAGGGGCCGUGGAGAUGGGGGCGGAGGAAGGGGGAGGGGGAGGGGAAUGAGGGGCCGCGGAGGUGGCCGAGGAGUGGGAAUGAAGGGAGGGAGCAAGGUCGUCGUCCAACCUCACAGGCACGACGGUGUCUUCGUUGCCAAGGGGAAGGAGGACGCUCUCUGCACAAAGAACAUGGUCGUCGGUGAAUCCGUCUACGGCGAGAAGCGCAUCUCGGUUCAGAACGAGGACGGAUCGAAAGUUGAGUACAGGGUGUGGAAUCCCUUCCGCUCGAAGCUCGCCGCAGCUAUUCUCGGCGGCGUUGACAACAUUUGGAUCGCUCCAGGAACUCGCAUAUUGUACCUUGGAGCUGCAUCGGGUACCACCGUCUCUCAUGUGUCUGACCUUGUUGGACCUACUGGAGUGGUCUAUGCUGUUGAGUUCUCCCAUAGAAGUGGUAGGGAUCUCGUCAACAUGGCCAAGAAGCGAACUAAUGUUAUCCCCAUCAUUGAGGAUGCUAGACAUCCUGCGAGAUACCGCAUGUUGGUUGGCAUGGUUGAUGUCAUCUUUUCAGAUGUUGCUCAGCCAGAUCAGGCUAGGAUCUUAGCACUAAAUGCAUCUUAUUUCUUGAAGAAUGGAGGGCAUUUUGUGAUUUCAAUCAAGGCGAACUGUAUUGACUCCACGGUGCCAGCUGAGGCCGUCUUUGCCCAGGAAGUGAAGAAGCUGCAAGCGGAGCAGUUCAAGCCCUCGGAGCAGGUCACGCUCGAACCCUUCGAGCGCGACCACGCCUGCGUGGUUGGCGGCUACCGCAUGCCGAAGAAACAAAAGCCCGAAGCCUAGGGAAACUUCUUUUGAUAGUGUAAUCUUGCAUGCACUGAAGCAUGGUUUUGAGUUUUAUCUUUUCGUCGCACAACAUAUCUAUCUUGUAAACUGCCAGGGAUCAGCUAAUUUGAAACUUUGUGCUUUGUUGUGGUUGAUUGGCUUGAUUUUA